ACAUUUUCGGACAAAGUUUAACAGUAUCCGGGGAGCUGGUACGAGCUGGGCGACUUAUUGUCAUUUGCUAUGGAUAUCCCAGCAUACGUGGCUGGGUACAUCCUGGUUCAGUGAAUGUGCGAUACUUGACUACUGCCUUCAUGUCAGGCACAGUGCUGGUUUUGAACAUACCAGUGUUGAUUAUGUACCUUGUCCUGACGUUUACCCAAAGUGUGAUAGCUGACUACGUAGCCGUUGCUUACUACUGCCUGUUGAUCGCGGUAAUGAUGCUGUUCACCUUCAAGCUAUGGCAAAAGCGUGGUCAGUUGAAGCAACACCAACUGUCUGAGACUAAGACCUUGGUGAUUUAUGGAGCUACCCUGGCCUUCUACGUCAUAUUUGAUAAUGUGCGAUACUACGGCUUCCCGGAUGAGAUGUACGGAGAAAAUGCAUCUAUUUGGGUAACCAUAGAUUUCGUAUCCUUCUGUUGCUUGAGCGUGGUAGUGCUGUUUAUCUGGGCGCGUAAUAUCUUCAUCAUGUGGGAUCGCGAGAACAAUGGAUCGGGCCAUACCACCGCUGGCGAAAACACUGACAGGGCGCUCGGUGAAGAAGGCACCCCAAUACAGAACAAGUGGAGACGUGGGCGAAUCGACAACGCGACUAUUGACGAUGUGCGCUACGAUACCAGACUUGUGCCGAGCUCUAGGGUGGAAUUGGAGGGUGAUAAAGUUGGGGGGGGUACAAAGGAUAUCGACACGCUGGUGAAAGACCAUAUCAACGCGGGAAUCCGCGAAAAGGAGACGGAUAUCGAAGCGGGCGAGGCCAGCGGGGACGACGGUAGCGGCGAGGAUCUGACGUUGAAUGUAUCAAUGACAAGCGCACCAUGGUUAAGAGAUCGCAGGGACUUAUGACCUCUGAAGGCAGUUGCGGUGGGGUUGGACGUAUCGAUGCAUCUUCAUUUAAGAGCAGGUCGCUGGGCUCAUUUAGCGCCAGUAGUGUCUUACGGCUGCCGGGAGAUAAUGGGAACGUCAUGUUUGUUAGGUCUGGGAGUGAGGUAUCUAGAACGUCCGGGUGCAAGGGGACAUAGACAAUUCCGAGGUAGGAGGGAAAGAACUUACUGAUAAAUAGGCCUUGGUAUAUAUAGUGAUAGGUUGUUUUAAAUUAGUUAAUGUUAUUCUAUGAAAUAAAAG